UCUCCUCCCACAGCUCUAGGCUCAUCCUUCUCUCCUACCUCAAUGAGUGCGUACAGUCUGAGCUCUCUCAACAUGAGCACCCUGCCCAGGAACAUGUACCCCACCAGCCCCAGAGGAACCAUGACCAGGAGGAAACUCAAGAAGAAGGACUUCAAGAGCUCACUGUCUCUGGCUAGCAGUACCCUGGGUCUAGCAGGUCAGGUUGUUCACACUGAGACAACUGAGGUGAUUCUGGUCAGUGACUCUAUCAUGGGGUUUGGCAUCCAGCUACAGGGGGGGGUGUUUGCCACAGAGACCCUGUCCUCACCCCCGCUCAUCGGCUAUUUGGACCCAGACAGUCCUGCAGAGAGGUGCGGGAUUUUGCAGAUAGGUGACCGUAUCCUGUCUAUAAACGGGAUCCCUACAGAGGACAGCACCUUGGAAGAGACCAAUCAGCUACUGAGAGACUCCAGCAUCACCAGCAAGGUCUCGCUGGAGAUAGAGUUUGACGUGGCAGAGUCAGUCAUCCCUAGCAGUGGCACCUUCCAUGUGAAGUUACCAAAGAAGCCUGGGGUGGAGCUGGGGAUCACCAUCAGCUCUCCGUCCAGUAGGAAACCUGGGGACGCUCUCAUCAUCUCCGACAUCAAGAAGGGCAGCGUGGCUCACAGGACUGGGACUCUGGAGCUGGGGGACAAGCUGCUGGCCAUCGAUAACAUCCGCCUGGACAACUGUUCCAUGGAAGACGCUGUUCAGAUCCUCCAGCAGUGUGAAGAACUGGUCAAGCUCAAGAUCCGCAAGGACGAGGACAACUCAGACGAACAGGAGCUGUCUGGAUCCAUCAUCUACACGGUGGAGCUGAAGAGAUAUGGAGGCCCGCUGGGGAUCACCAUCUCAGGCACAGAGGAGCCCUUUGACCCCAUCGUCAUCUCCAGCCUCACCAAGGGAGGACUGGCCGAGAGGACGGGAGCGAUCCACAUCGGGGACAGGAUCCUGGCCAUCAACUGUAACAGUCUGAAGGGUAAACCACUGAGUGAAGCCAUCCACCUGCUGCAGAUGGCUGGAGAGUCUGUCACACUGAAGAUCAAGAAACAGGGAGAAUGUGAAAGUUUGGCCAGUCCCAAGCAGCAGUCGGUGUCUGGUCAUCUCAGUGAUGUGAUGCUGAGUGAUGUGGAGGACGAGGCAGGGUUAGGCGGGCUGGGAGGCCAGGCAGAGAGCCAGAAACUUGGGAAGCUCUCUGACCUCUACUCCACCACCAUCCCCUCUGUGGACUCAGCCGUGGAGUCCUGGGACGGCUCGGCCAUAGACACCACCUUCAACACCCAGGCCCCAGGUUUCCAGGCGUCUGGCUACAGCUUCCACAGCCAUGAGUGGAGGAACGCCAAGCCCAGCCAAGGCAGCCUGUCCCCCGUCAGUACCCGCCAGAGACACAACAUCCUGGCAGACCUGGGCCUCAGCGAUGACGAAUGGGACAGACCCACCGCCGGCGGGUUCACUGUGGGUCAUGACGGGACCGAGCCGGACCAGGAAGAGAACUUCUGGUCUCAGGCCCUGGAAGAUCUAGAGACCUGCGGCCAGUCUGGCAUCCUGAGGGAACUGGAGGACGAGCCAGACAGGCUUCUGAAUAAGAGAAACUUGACUGUGUCAGCCACCAUUAUGUCCGGCAGCAGUCUGAGUCUGAACCAUGACCCUGCUCCUCUGAGGAGCCACCUGGGUCGGCAGGCCAGCUUCCAGGAGCGCAGCGCAGCCCGGCCGCAGUACACCCAGUCCUCGCGCUCCAACACCCUGCCCAGCGACGGGGGGCGCAAGGCCUUCGCCAUGAGGAAGAUGAAACAGGAGAUGAAUGACGUCAUGUCGCCCACCCCCGUGGAACUGCACAAGGUGAGUCUGUUGAAGGAGUCGGACCUUGAAGACUUUGGCUUCAGUGUGUCGGAUGGCCUCCUGGAGAAAGGUGUCUAUGUCAACAACAUCCGCCCAGGGGGACCUGCAGAGGUCGUGGGGCUGAAGUCCUACGACAGGCUGCUACAGAUCAACCACGUGAGGACCAGAGACUUCGACUGCUGUCUAGUGGUCCCUCUGAUUGCCGAGUCAGGCAACACACUGGACCUGGUGAUCAGCAGGAACCCUGCUUCCUCCAGAACCGGGCCCCAGUCAGGACUGAACCAGCUACCCACCGAGGAGUCUGUCAUCAACUGGACCGAGCCGGGGGACAGCCUCUCUGGCCCUCCACCGAACCAGAACCACCAUUCCUUAUCCAGGAUGGCUGCUGGAAUCGGGGUGACUGGGAUCGGUGUGGCGCUGGCCGGGGCUGGGCUGGAUGAUAGAGACCCCACUAAGACCUUAUAG